GUAUAGUCACAUGCUUACAAGAUGGCGUCCUCAACAACGGAACGGUGUUUACUAUGGAUCCUGUUUCUUCUAGUGUGUUAUUCAACCUUUUCACCAUGUGCCAGUAAAAGAUAUGAACCUAACUGGGAUUCUUUGGACACUAGACCUCUACCAUCGUGGUAUGAUGAAGCAAAACUUGGAAUUUUUAUUCACUGGGGUGUUUUUUCUGUGCCGAGUUAUUCUUCCGAAUGGUUUUGGUGGAACUGGAAAGGACAACCCUUACCCGCAAUAUCAUUCUUUAUGCAAGAGAAUUAUCCUCCAGAUUUCACAUACGCCGACUUUGCUCGGGAGUUCACGGCCGAGUUUUACAACCCUGAAGAGUGGGCGUCUAUAUUUGAAGAAGCUGGAGCAAAAUAUGUUGUGUUUGUGAGCAAGCACCAUGAAGGCUUCUGUAACUGGCCCUGCAAGACAUCCUUCAACUGGAACUCCAAGGCUGUGGGCCCAAACCGCGAUCUUGUUGGUGAGCUGGCUAGUGCGAUCAAGAGCAAGACCAGCAUGAAGUUUGGUGUGUAUCACACCCUGUUCGAGUGGUUCAAUCCCCUGUUUCUACAAGACAAAGCCAACAACUUCACCACCCAGAGUUUUGUGUUUAACAGGUCUCUCCCUGAGCUGUAUGAGCUGGUCAACAGCUAUGAGCCAGAAGUAGUGUGGUCUGAUGCCAGCGGUGGAGGCUCAGCGGAAUACUGGCAGGCCCAGGAGUUUAUUGCCUGGCUGUACAAUGACAGCCCAGUGAAAGACACUGUAGUGACUAAUGACCGUUGGGGCAGCGGCACUGACUGUCACCACGGAGGGUUCUACACCUGUGAUGACAGGUACAAUCCAGGUGUACUGCAGAAACACAAGUGGGAGAAUGCAAUGACUAUUGACCAUUAUUCCUGGGGCUACAGGCGCAAUGCUAAACUGACUGAUUACCUGACCAUCGAAGACCUGCUGGAAACCUUUGUGGAAACUGUCAGCUGUGGCGGCAACCUGCUGAUGAACAUCGGCCCCACCAAAGAUGGCCGCCUCAUCCCGAUCUUCCAGGAGCGCCUGAAGCAGAUGGGGGACUGGAUGAAGGUGAACGGGGAGGCCAUCUACUCCACCCGGCCCUGGACACACCAGAACGACACAGUGACCAAGAGAGUCUGGUAUACAUCCAAGAAAGAUGGUGACCAGAACAACGUAUACGCCAUCAUCCUUGACUGGCCUGAGGGGGACACCUUGACCCUUGGGGCCCCCGUGACGACCGUAGCAACAACCGUUUCCUUGAUGGGUUACCAAGGCAACUUUAACUGGAAGAAAGGCAACACAGGAGGAAUAGUCAUUGAAAUUCCACCGAUUCCUGUCAACAAGAUCCCUUGUAUGUGGGCGUGGUCAUUCAAACUUACUGGGCUCUCCAACUAAACAAGGGAAAGGGACAGACUUCAUGUAGUAUAAUACUCUUUCACCAUCUGAAUCACCUCUUCACCAUAAAAUGUAAUGAGUCCUGGCAUGACAUUUUUGAUUAUUGAAUGAUAGUUUAGCUCAGCCAGUGUUGGAAUACCCCAAUCAAGGGUUUGUAUUCCAGAACUGCCCUGACUAAGAUCCGAAGUCUGUUCUUCCCAGCAUAUGCCUGUGGUUGUUAAUGACAUUGGCAUGACUAACACCCUUGUUUGGGGGUUUCACUUAAGUAGUAAACGUGUAUGACCUGCACUGGCGUUUCUCUCACAUUAAACUGAAGUGCUACAAUAUUUUCUUGUGUAUAGUCCACACACCCCAUUCUUAGGUACAAGUUCCAAUUGUGGCACACCAAAAGACGAUAAAAGAUGGUACUUGAUGUUACCCUGCCUGGCGCACAGCAUAGGGGAAAAAAAAGGAUGGGUCAUCUCUAAGUCAGUGAACUGUGUCUGCAUGGGGUAUUCAUGUUAGACUGCGGCAUGGUAUCUCAAUAGGCUAACACUAUAAAAUCGGCAUUAGUCCAGACUAGUACAAGCAGACACAAACACGUGCAUGUAGGUCGCUAUGUUAGUGCAAUAAUCUUGAAUGCAACGUUAAACCCCAUUCCACCUCACCAUUGUGCCUUAGUAUAAAACCUUCUUACUCAAGUGAUACAAAAUGUCAAUAGUUGAUUCUCACAUUCCUUCUUGUUGAUCUCAUCUGGACCAAAUAAAGUCCAAUUAUAAGGUUCUAGGGCCGGCUAAAUCUGACCAUGUUCCGCAGAUCCUUGCUACAUAGCUAAUGGAGCCCAAUUUCAAAAGACUUCCUGGUUUAGGAGUAGUUACCAUGACAACAUACAGUUGGGUACCAGCUGGGCUGUCAUGCCUCUAUACAGCUUCCUUAUAGGAUACAUUGAUCAUUGAAACUUAUUGUGCACAUAUACCACUCCAGAGGCCUGAGAGGGAAGCCUGCAAGAGCUCAGACUGCUCAUACUACAUCGCAGAAACGACGAUGUUUCUUGCUUGAUGACAUGUCAUUAGCUUACUUAUUAAAAACAGACAUGCAUCACUACACCUCAUAGUGGCGGGGUGGAAUAGGUCUUCAGCAACCCAUGCUUGCCGUAAAACGCAACUAUGCUUGUCGUAAGAGGUGACUAUUAGGAUCGGGUGGUCAGGCUGGCUGACUUGGUUGAUGUAUGUCAUCAAUCCCAAUUGCGUGGAUCAAUGCUCAUGAUAUCAAUCACUGGAUUGUCUGGUCAAGACUUGAUUAUUUACAGACAGCCGUCAUAUAGCUGGAAUAUUGCUGAGUGCGGCGUUAAACAACAAACAAACAUCAUUGUGGCUGUAUGACGAUGGAGUUUUAGUGGCUCCUGAAUAGACCUCUUGGCUCCUGAAUAACCUCUUGGCUCCUGAAUAACCUCUUGGCUCCUGAAUAACCUCUUGGCUCCUGAAUAAACCUCUUGGCUCCUGAAUAACCUCUUGGCUCCUGAAUAACCUCAUGGCUCCGGCAACUGUUGAAGCAGGAACCAGCUGAUAUAAAUGCCAGUCCAUACUUAUUUGGUUCACUCGUUUGUUGUCCUGUGAAGACAAUUUUGACAAAGUGUUCAUAUAUAUAAUGUAACAUGAUUGAUGUUGUCAUAUUUUACACAAGUUCUUUACCCACAUAGGAUAUACAGUAGUUAGUUUUAUCUUUCAUUUUGAAAUUUGUCUCAUCUUGAUCAAAAGCUGUCCAAGACAACAUGUCAGUGGAAAUUACAAGUCGAUUCAUUCAAUACAGAGCAGUGCACAAGAUUGCAUAAGGAGAUUUGCAUACUCCUUGGAAUAACUCCAAUCAAAGAUGUGGAUGUUCAAAGUUCUGUCAUAAGGCACUUUGCAUUUAACUACAGUGGUUGUGCAGAGGCAGAAUACAUCCUUUGUGUGUCAUGCUGAAUAAACUAACUUGUCACGGCCAAGGGUUUUCAUGCCAUCAAACUAAUUCUUCUCUUGCCAGGACUAUUCUACACAAGCCGCCAUGAUAUAGCUUGAAUAUUGCGGACACCAUAAACUCCUACAUUUUGAACAAACAUGUCUUGUAUGAAUUCUUUUUUAUAUAACUCAAGAAAUAGAUCCAUAUUUUGUUUUACAUGUUUUUAGAUUAGUUAUAACAGUUAUUCAUGAUUGAUGCAUAACGAUUAACAUUGUUCAAAUGAUUAUUAAUAUAUUUAUUUUACAACUUUUGUAGAUGUGCAAUUAUAUGUUUUGGUAAAUUUGUAUUUUUACAAAUUUACACAAGAUGGGGGAAGGUCUGUUUGAAACCAAGUUCAGAUGUUUUCUUGACACAAUGUAUAUAUAUAUAUGGA